AUGUCGGCAGCACAACUCCUCAACCCCAAGGCUGAGUCCCGAAGGAGGGGCGAAGCUCUGAAGGUCAACAUUAGCGCUGGUGAAGGCCUACAGGAUGUUUUGAAGUCCAAUCUGGGCCCUCUGGGCACCAUUAAGAUGCUUGUUGACGGUGCGGGACAGAUCAAGCUGACCAAGGAUGGAAACGUUCUCCUUCGAGAGAUGCAAAUACAAAACCCUACCGCCGUUAUGAUUGCUCGAGCCGCGACCGCUCAGGACGAUAUUUGCGGUGACGGAACCACCUCCGUGGUGAUGUUGGUUGGUGAGCUUCUCAAGCAGGCAGACCGAUACAUUUCUGAAGGACUGCACCCUCGUAUCAUCACCGAUGGUUUCGAGGUUGCCAAGGUUGAGGCUCUUAAGUUCCUCGACUCUUUCAAACUCGCCAAGGAAGUUGACCGAGAACUCCUGCUCAAUGUCGCCCGAACAUCGCUUGCCACCAAGCUCAACUCGACUUUGGCCGCCAAGCUUACACCUGAUAUUGUCGAUGCCGUUCUUGCUAUUUACCAGGCACCCGCGAAGCCCGAUUUGCACAUGGUGGAGAUUAUGAAGAUGCAGCACCGAACAGCCGCCGACACUCGGCUGAUUCGUGGACUGGCCCUUGAUCACGGUGCUCGUCACCCUGAUAUGCCUAAGCGGCUCGAGAACUGCUACAUUCUUACCCUCAACGUCAGCCUGGAGUAUGAGAAGACUGAAAUUAAUUCCAGCUUCUUCUACUCUAGCGCUGAGCAGCGUGAUAAGCUUGUCGAAAGUGAGCGUCGUUUCGUCGAUGCCAAGCUCAAGAAAAUCGUCGAGCUCAAGAAGGAGCUUUGCGGUAACGACGGCACAAAGAACUUUGUUGUUAUCAACCAGAAAGGCAUCGAUCCUCUUUCUCUUGACGUUCUUGCCAAGAACAAUAUUCUUGCUCUCCGACGUGCCAAGCGAAGGAACAUGGAGCGCCUUCAGCUUGUUUGCGGUGGUGUUGCUCAGAACAGCGUUGACGACCUGUCCGAGGAUGUUCUGGGCUGGGCUGGCCUUGUCUAUGAGCAGGCGCUCGGUGAGGAGAAGUUCACUUUUGUUGAGGAGGUCAAAGACCCCAAGUCCGUUACUCUGAUGAUUAAGGGCCCCAACGCUCACACCAUUGCUCAAGUGACAGAUGCUGUCCGAGAUGGUCUGCGAAGUGUUUACAACAUGAUUGUCGACAAGUCCGUUGUUCCUGGAGCUGGUGCUUUCCAGGUUGCCUGUGCUUCUCAUCUCAAGAGUGAUGCUUUUGGCAAGUCUGUCAAGGGCAAGGCCAAGUGGGGUGUUGAGGCAUUCGCUGAUGCUCUUCUUAUUAUUCCCAAGACUCUGGCUGCCAACGCCGGUCUUGACAUCCAGGAUGCUCUUGCGGACUUGCAGGAUGAGUAUGCUGACGGCAAUGUCGUUGGCCUUAACCUCGAAACCGGUGAACCCAUGGACCCCGAGCUGGAGGGUGUCUUUGACUCUUACCGAGUUCUGCGAAAUUGCAUCGCCUCCAGCUCCAGUAUUGCAUCUAACCUCCUUCUAUGUGACGAGUUGUUGAAGGCUCGACAGAUGGGUAGAGCAGGCGGACCUGGGCCUGGCAUGGAUGGACCUAAUGAUCACAUGUAG